AUGGACCCUGUAUCCUCCGGCCUGGAUCCCACCACGCCUUUGGAGCCCUUCCACAACGUCACCGACAUCAAUGGAGGCGACUCGAGGCUGUACAAUCUCAACCCCGGUGAUAUCGCUUGGAUGAUCACAGCUACGGCCCUUGUCCUUCUCAUGAUCCCCGGUGUUGGCUUCUUCUACUCGGGCCUAGCACGGAGAAAAUCAGCCUUGUCACUACUAUGGCUCUCGGUCAUGGCUACGGCCGUCGUCACCUUCCAGUGGUUCUUCUGGGGCUACUCUCUCGCCUUCUCACACUCCGCUACCAAGUACAUCGGCAACCUGGACAACUUCGGCCUCAAGGGCGUGCUGGGUGCACCCUCAAUCGGUAGCCCUCGUGUCCCCGACUUGCUUUUCUGCGUCUUCCACGGCAUGUUCGCCGCCAUCACCGUUGCGAUUGGCGUAGGAGCCGUCGCCGAAAGGGGCCGCAUCCUCCCUUGCAUCAUCUACAUGUUCAUCUGGACGACCAUUGUCUACGACGCCCUCGCCUGCUGGACCUGGAACUCCUCGGGUUGGGUGUACCAGCUCGGCGGUCUCGACUUUGCCGGCGGCACGCCCGUCCACAUUGCCUCUGGCUGUGCCGCCCUCGCCUACUCCUAUAUGCUGGGCAAGAGGAAGGGCCACGGAACCCAGGAGCUCAACUACCGCCCCCACAACGUCACACACAUCGUCAUCGGAACCGUGUUUCUCUGGGUCGGCUGGUUCGGUUUCAAUGCGGGCUCCGCCAUGUCGGCCAACUUGCGCGCCAUCAUGGCGGCCGUGGUGACGAAUCUUGCCGCUGGUGUAGGCGGAAUCACUUGGUGUCUCGUCGACUACCGUCUCGAGCGCAAGUGGUCCACUGUCGGAUUCUGCUCCGGCGUGGUCGCCGGUUUGGUCACCAUUACCCCUGGCUCAGGCUAUGUUCCCCCAUGGGCGGCCGUUGUUUUCGGUGUAUGCGGUGGAGUUGCAUGCAACUACGCGACGAAGCUCAAGUACUUCCUGCGUUGCGACGAUGCUCUGGACAUCUUUGCUGUGCAUGGCGUGGGAGGUCUUGUGGGGAAUCUCCUGACUGCCUUCUUCGCAGCCGACUACAUCGCCCACCUGGACGGCUACACCGUCAUCUCUGGCGGCUGGCUGAACCAUCACUGGAUCCAGCUGGGUUACCAAAUCGCCGACUCCGUCGCCGGUGGCUCCUACUCCUUCAUCGUCACUUGCCUCAUUCUCGGUGCCAUCGACGGCAUCGGCAAGUUUCUUCCCCUGUUGAAGCUCAGGGCGAGCGAGGAGGAAGAAGUGUUGGGCAUUGAUGAUGUGGAGAUUGGGGAGUUUGCUUACGACUACGUCGAGCUCACCCGCGAAGUCAAUCUCCCGGAAGACGAGGACCUCGAGGUCGACGAAGGCAUGUCGACCCACUCGCUCCACAACCAUCCCUCGGCCAUGGGCCAGCAUCGCGAGAAGAACCACGAUUCGGUCGACUCGUCGCAGCAGUUGGCUGACUGGGCGCAUCGCCCGUAG